GUUGCCACCCAUAGAGUUGUAGAGUGCGUGGAAAAAUUUGGCAUCUAAAAAUUCAGUCCGAUUACAUUUCUAACAAAAUGCCACGUACUUCUUUAUUUGAUGUAGAUGAUGACCAACAGUUUCUUAAAAUGGCCAGCGGUGAUGCGGUACACUAUCCUAAGAAAAAGAGCACAGAACCCAUCUACAAUCAAGAUGGCUUUUCGGAAUAUGAUAUCCAAAGACCGUGCUCCAGCGCUUUUCGAACCGAAAAUGAACCGCACCCAAACCCCAUACCCUCCAAGUUCCGCAUCGACAAUGUUGUUCCGGACUUUGGACUCGAGGAGAAUUCUAACGUGCUUCCCAAAAACUGGCAAAUGCCACCUCCAAGCUCAUCAAGCAUUGUCAAGAGUCGACGAUGCCCCAACGAAGGAAAAAUAUCUCCAAAUGUGCGUCAAACUGUUCCAAAACCUACCGUCGAUACAGAACCCUCACCGCUGACACCCAUCAAGGGGCCUUUGGUGGAUGAGUAUGAUACAGAAAUGUUGUCGUCAGAGGAUAUUUGGAAGCUCUGUAUGGAUGCGAAGAAGGGGCUUAUAAAGCCCUCGGAUGCUAUAUGGCCUUUGUUUUGCAUGGAGUAUUUGGAGCCUUCCAAAACUCCACCUCCGAGUUUAACGGAAUCUCAAAACUCCAAUGAAUUUCCUCCGAAAACAGUUCGAGUUGACAAAAACCGAUAUAAAAAGAAUUCUUUUGAAACUGGUUUUGAGAGGAAAGUCGGAAAAGAUGAGUGGCGGGUCUUGGAUCAGUGGAUAGAAUCGGAGGGGCUCAACGGAUCCUAUAAUGAUGUAGAAGAAUCGGAUUCAAAGGGAAAGGUCGAUAGUGACGCCAAGAAGCCUCGGAUUCUGGACAAUGAAGAUGUCGCCUUUGCUAGCUUCACCAUUGGAAUCGAAGAGGAGCGGGCCAUCAACGGAUCCCAUAAUGAUAUAGAAGAUUCGGAUUCAAAGGGAAAGGUCGAUAGUGACGCCAAGAAGCCUCGGAUUCUGGACAAUGAAGAUGUCGCCUUUGCUAGCUGCACCAUUGGAAUCGAAGAGCAGCGGGCACUCAAGGAAUGGAUAAAAUCGGAGGGCCUCAACGAACCCCACAGUGAUAUAGAAGAGUUUGAUAUGUUAUUAAGCCUAGCCAGAGAUCAUGAGAAGAAUCAUGAUCUUCUGAUGGAGUUACUAAAGCCCAAGGAUCUUAUCUCCCAGGAAAAGGAUGUUUGGAAAAAGUUUUCUCCAAAGGUGUUCGAAAUGCCGCAGAAACCUGAUUCCGUAGAGCCUGAGUUGUGGAAACCCCCACCCAACGAAAAGGUUUCCGUUGAAAAUAUUCCAGAAAAGGAACCAGAGAAAGCAACUGAAUUCAUUGUGGAAAAACCAGAAAAGCCAGUUAUCCUCGAGGUCAAAGACAUUAAAACAUUGCCCCCGAGGCCCGAGGCUGAGGAAGCUACCCAGAGUUGGCUACAGCAAUGCAGUGAAAUCAUUUCCCAACAAGUGCAACUCCUCAUCUAUGAGGACGGUUCCAACAAUCCAACUGCUGCAGAACCAGAGGCCAUUGACUUCGAAACCGAGAUCAGCGAGGAGCAAAUGAAGCCCCGAGUCCUGGGAGAAAGCAACAGAAAUGUAUCAGCGGAGACUGGAUGGCAGAAUAGCUUCACAGUUUUCCUCGAGGACUUCGAGUACAUCAUUGACCAAACCAUGACGGAGUUCAGGGACCCCCAAGCUAAGAGACUGCGCUCAAAGUGGAACCAGCAGUUCGGAUCAAAAUCGGUGGAGAAUUUGAGGAGAUGUCUUCUGCUUCCGCCUCUGCCAGAUCACUUGGACCAGUGCCUCCAGAGGAUUAGAAUCCUAAGGCGUCCCAAAAGGCGCAAGGUCGAGGAAUUUCGCAUGCACGUCGAUAUGAAUUUUUGCAAAAUGUAUUGCACACUGAGUAUGAAUACGAACUUGGAUCUGCAAAAUACGGUUAGGUUCCUAAGAAACGCCGUUUACAAAAACGACAUCGAUGUGAUCCAAAUCCGGUAUGAGGCCACACAGAUAGCUUGGAUUUGGUCCGAUGGCAGUGUCUUGAUAAUCAAUGGAAGAGGCCAUGCGAUGCUUGCCGAAACACAAAGGGAUCUGAUAUUUAGGACCCUUGGGAGGGCGAACUUCAAAGCCGACCCCUCAAACAAGCUUCUACAUCUGCGUCUCAUUUCCUGCGCCCACUUUCCAUUUGGGAUCUCUUUGCCGGUGUUCACUGCGUUAAGCGUUUUUUCUCCAGAGCCCCAUAUGCAGUAUGUCUACUACGUGGACAAGGCAGUUCCCGGGGUGGCGGCCCGUGUUCAUGAGACGGGAAUGGUCCAGGUGUUUGCCAUGACCACGGUUGAGGCGGAUAAUAUGCUGAAGAAACUGUACCUUCUUACGGCCAAUCACCGAAAGGCCACCAAAGACGUCAUCAAAAAGAAACCAAUGGACUACGACUGACAAAAAAAAAAUUUAACUUACGAGUUACAAACAGAAUGAUGUAAGGAUGUGAUCGAAAAUAAAAUAGUAAUUAUAAUAAAGCUGAGAACGCUUUGGUAAACAA